AUGCAAUGCCAGGAGCAAUUUAAUUUUGUCGAGGAGAUGUUCACUGACGCAUUAGGGGUGAAUGUGGCGUAUGAUGAACCACAAGACAUAGAUGGAGAAGAGCUCCCGAAUGAGAAAGCUCAAAGGUUUUAUCAGUUGUUGAAAGAAAUAAAUAUACCAUUGUUUGAGGGGUCUUCUGACUCUAAGCUAUCAAUCUGUGUGAGACUUUUGGCUGCGAAGUCAAAUUGGAAUGUUCCUGAUCAGUGUUUAGAAUUCUUUGCGAAAAUGAUGUUGGACGCGACUCCUAUGAAAGAAAACAUGCCUAUAAGUUAUUAUGAUGCAAAGAGGGUGGUGUCGAAGUUGGGAUUAGAAGAUGAUACCAGUGCUCCUGGAGAUACCAGUGCUCCUGGAGAUACCAGCGCUCAUGGAGAUACUAGUGCUGAGGAGCAAACGAAGAGGAAGCGUAUUUUGAAAAAAAAUACGACUCAAAAAAUUAAGUAUCAUGAGGGCAGACUAGUCAUUUAUCCCGAUGCAGGAUCAAUUGUUCCCUCACAUCAGGCAGUAUCGAUCAUAACAAAUAUUAUUAAAGAGAAGUACACACAAUUCUGGCCGUCUUAUGGAGCUGUACAUGAAGAUGAUAAGGAAAAAUGGUUUCAGGCAUUUAAGGAGUAUUGUAUUUGGGAUGUUAGAGAUGAGGCCGCGAUUAAAGAAAACUUUCACUCAAAAUGUGCUGCUCGAUUUUCUGAUACUAUGAGGAAUGUUAGACUGAAAUGGGAAGCAAAAGGGACACGUCCACGUUGGAUAGGAGAAGAUAUAUUCCCAAAGCUUAUUGAUCAUUGGAAUUCUGAUAAGUUUAAGGAAAUAUCGGAGCAGGCAAAGAAAAAUAGAGCAUCUGAAGUUGGUGGCUGCAACUACGCAGCAGGAAGUAUUAGUGUGGCUGAAGUUGCGCGAAGAAUGCGUGAAGAAUUAGGCAGAACUCCACUUCUUAAUGAGCUUCACAUGGAGACUCAUCUCAAGAGAAAUGGAGAGUUUAUUGACGAGCGCGCAAAAAUCACACAAGAGAAUUUUGAUAAAGAACUUGCCCUAAAGUUGUCAGAGCAUCCUGAAAUACCUGAACCACCACCGGGGUAUCCUGUUGACCCUAGUAUUGGUUUUCAAACUUGGUAUAAGGUUUCAGGUGGAAAGAAGAAAAAUGGGAGAGUGUAUUGUGCUGGAGGGUAUUCCAAAAAUAUCAAGCGGCGUUGUAGAGAUUUCAAAAUGAGAUAUGCUGAUGGAGAAGGAUCAUCCACUCCACCUAUAUUAACCGCCGAAAUGCUUGAAACUGUGAGAAACUUGGCAAAUACUGAGGCAGCACAACAAAAUAUGGGUGGUGGUGGAUUUGGAGGAACUAGUGGAUAUGGAGGAGCUGAUGAAGAAGAGGAGGAACAAGAUGGGGGGAAUAAUUAA